GCAUGCGCCGUAGGGAGCGCCCGCAACAGCUAGGGUGCUGUUUGGGCGGGGCCUGGGCGGGGCCAGACGCGCGCGAGAUUUGAAUUUCCUCUGCGUGCAGUCAGUGCCUACGCAGAGGUUGAGUUGCAUGGCGGUAUUCUCACCAGGCCCUGCAACCAGUGGGCCACGGUGCCGGCCACAGAGAUGGUGGAAGGACCAGGCUGUACUCUGAAUGGAGAGAAGAUUCGCGCGCGGGUGCUUCCGGGCCAGGCGGUGACCGGCAUGAGGGGAAGCGCUCUGCGGAGCCUGCAGGGCCGCGUCUUGCGGCUCGCAGCCUCCACAGCUGUGGUCUCCCCGCAGGCUGCUGCACUGAAUAAUAAUGAUUCCAGCCAGAAUGUCUUGAGCCUGUUUAAUGGAUAUGUUUACAGUGGUGUGGAAACUUUGGGGAAGGAGCUCUUUAUGUACUUUGGACCAAAAGCUUUACGGAUUCAUUUCGGAAUGAAAGGCUCCAUCAUGAUUAAUCCACUUGAGUAUAAAUAUAAAAAUGGAGCUUCUCCUGUUUUGGAAGUGCAGCUCACCAAAGAUUUGAUUUGUUUCUUUGACUCAUCAGUAGAACUCAGAAACUCAAUGGAAAGCCAACAGAGAAUAAGAAUGAUGAAAGAAUUAGAUGUAUGUUCACCUGAAUUUAGUUUCUUGAGAGCAGAAAGUGAACUUAAAAAACAGAAAGGCCGGAUGCUAGGUGAUGUGCUAAUGGAUCAGAACGUAUUGCCUGGAGUAGGGAACAUCAUCAAAAAUGAAGCUCUCUUUGACAGUGGUCUCCACCCAGCUGUUAAAGUUUUUCAAUUAACAGAUGAACAGACCCAUCACCUUGUGAAAAUGAUACGUGAUUUCAGCAUUCUCUUUUACAGGUGCCGUAAAGCAGGACUUGCUCUCUCUAAACACUAUAAGGUUUACAAGCGUCCUAAUUGUGGUCAGUGCCACUGCAGAAUAACUGUGUGCCGCUUUGGGGACAAUAACAGAAUGACAUAUUUCUGUCCUCACUGUCAAAAAGAAAAUCCUCAACAUGUUGACGUAUGCAAGCUACCGACUAGAAAUACUAUAAUCAGUGGGACAUCUAACAGGGUGGAUCAUGUUAUGGACUCUGUGGCUCGGAAGUCUGAGGAGCAGUGGACCUGUGUGGUGUGUACUUUAAUCAAUAAGCCCUCUUCUAAGGCAUGUGAUGCUUGCUUGACCUCAAGGCCUAUUGAUUCAGCGCUCAAGAAUGAAGAAAAUUCUACUGUCUUUAGCCACUUAAUGAAGUACCCGUGUAAUACUUUUGGAAAACCUCAUACAGAAGUCAAGAUCAACAGGAAAACUGCAUUUGGAACUACAACUCUUGUCUUGACUGAUUUUAGCAAUAAAUCCAGUACUUUGGAAAGAAAAACAAAGCAAAACCAGAUACUAGAUGAGGAGUUUCAAAACUCUCCUCCUACUAAUGUUUGUUUGAAUGAUACACAGCACCCCUCCAAGAAGAGAACAAACAAUAUAACUCAACUAUCCAGCAAAGUAAACAUAUCACCUACAAUCAGUUCAGAAUCUCAAUUAUUUAGCCCAGCACAUAAAAAACUGAAAACGGCCCACUACUCAUCACCAGAGCUUAAAAGCUGCAACCCUACAUAUUCUAACAGUGAACUUCAAAUUAAUGUGACAGAUGGCCCUCGUACCUUAAAUCCUGACAGCCCUCGCUGCAGUAAACACAACCACCUCUGCAUUCUCCGAGUUGUGAGGAAGGAUGGGGAAAACAAGGGCAGGCAGUUUUAUGCCUGUCCUCUACCUAGAGAAGCACAAUGUGGAUUUUUUGAAUGGGCAGAUUUGUCCUUCCCAUUCUGCAACCAUGGCAAACGUUCCAUCAUGAAAACAGUAUUGAAGAUUGGACCUAACAAUGGAAAGAAUUUUUUUGUGUGUCCUCUUGGGAAGGAAAAACAAUGCAAUUUUUUCCAGUGGGCAGAAAAUGGGCCACGAAUAAAAAUUAUUCCUGGAUGCUAAUAUCUGUAGAUUCUCUGGCAUUUAGUCUCUUCAAACUGUGUAUAAUGUUUGGUCCUCCUCUGUUUCAUAGAAAAGUUGUAGAAUAUCUGUGAUACAUUGAAAAGUUACUGCAAUAUUUGAGAACUGUUCUUUUUUUUUUUUUCUUGUGUGUGCCAUCUUUCCAUCGUUGGCUACGUGUUUUCUUUUUGCCUUGAUGAACGUUCUAUGUAUUUCAUCGGAUACACAGCAUAUUCCAUUUAGGAUGUGUAUUUAAUGCAUUUAGUGAUGAUAAUAAAGUGUUUUUAGUAUGCUUUUAGUAUCUUGUAACUGUGGAGAAGCAGUGUUUUUUUUUUUUAGGAAAGGAUUAUGCAACACAAUAAAAUAAGAUAUUCUGUCUGUAGUGAAUACAUUUCUCAUGUACUAACACUAUUUAUAACAUGAUUAAAGAUAUUUGUUUUAUUAAAUAAAAUUGAAGAAAUAAGA